AAGAUGGCGGCGAUCUUAUCCUUCGCUGCAUCUCCGUCUAAUUUCAGAACGAUUAACAAUUCAAGUAGAACAGCAGUUCCAUUGCAGUCAAGUUCUCGAAUCUCCAUAACUAAUCACCAUCAACAUUCUGCUAAUUUGUUUGUUCCUGAGGUUGAAAGUGCAGUCGAUACCUUGUAUCCAGAGUUCAGGGCUGUGGAUAAUCUUGUGGCAUGCAAUACUUCUCGAGUUCUCAAAGCUUUUCAGAAUGCCAGGGUCGGAUCUCAUCACUUCAGUGGUUGCACUGGUUAUGGCCAUGAAGAAGCCGGGGGUCGAGAGGCCCUCGACCAGGCUUUUGCUGAAAUUUUUGGUGCUGAAUCUGCAAUCGUUCGAUCACAGUUCUUUUCAGGCACUCAUGCUAUUACCUGUGCCCUGUUUGCUUUCUUAAGGCCAGGUGACGAGCUUUUGGCAGUUGCUGGUACUCCUUAUGAUACAUUGGAGGAGGUUAUAGGAAUCAGGGAUGGAAAUGGAUCAGGUUCCCUGAAAGAAUUCGGGAUCAAGUAUCGAGAAGUUGCACUUGCAGACGAUGGAGGACUUGAUUGGGAUGCUCUUGAGGUCGCUCUGAGACCUCAAACAAAGUGUGCCCUCAUACAAAGAUCAUGUGGGUAUUCUUGGCGUCGAAGUUUAAGCGUGAACGAAAUAUCAAGGGCAAUAAACAUGAUCAAGACACAAAAUCCAAAUUGUAUGGUUAUGGUGGAUAAUUGCUAUGGUGAAUUCACAGAAGCGAUUGAACCUACUAUGGUGGGUGCGGAUCUUAUUGCAGGAAGUUUAAUUAAAAAUCCAGGUGGAACGAUUGCCCCCUGUGGUGGAUACGUUGCAGGUAAAGAUAAAUGGGUAAAAGCAGCAGCAGCUCGGCUCUCGGCACCAGGCCUUGGGGUCGAUUGUGGCUCGACUCCUGGUGACAUUAUGCGAACAUUCUUUCAGGGAUUAUACCUCUCGCCUCAAAUGGUCGGGGAAGCAUUAAAGGGAGGCUUAUUGAUUGCUGAAGUUAUGUCCACAAAAGGUUACAAGGUCCAGCCACUUCCACGAGUCCCCCGUCACGACAUAGUACAGGCUGUACAACUUGGAACCCGUGAACGGCUCCUUGCUUUCUGUGAAGCCGUACAAAGAAGCUCACCAGUAAGCUCUUAUACUAAACCGAUUGCAGGUUCAACACCUGGGUAUGCGUCCGAGGUGAUCUUUGCCGAUGGGACGUUUAUAGAUGGCAGCACAAGUGAGCUCUCGUGUGAUGGUCCGUUAAGGGAGCCAUUUUGCGUUUUCUGUCAGGGUGGCACUCAUUGGACUCAGUGGGGAUUAGUUCUAGGCGAAGUUUUGAAGUCGUUGUAGGAUUGAUACAAAAGGGUGAGAAAAGAGUUUGUUCGACACUAUAUAUUUCUUAGACUGGCGGAUGCAGACCGACCUGGACUUCUUUAUGGACCGUAUUGACCAGACCGGAUAUUUUAGGACCAGUCUGUGUCCACCUCUAUUUUGUAUUGUUUCAGUGUAUAUGAUAUUUGAAACCCUUGGAUUAAUUUUUGUAUACUGCUUUUCAAUGAAUUUGAUAUUUAAAUAUGACGU